AUGCAAGCCGCAGAUCACCUUCCAACCGUUGGAGAUUUAUUUUGUGGUGCUGGAGGCUUGUCACUUGGUGCAAAAAUGGCUGGCUUUGGAGUUAAAUGGGGUCUUGACAACGAACGAAACGCAACCGAAACGUAUAAACUUAAUCAUGAAGACGCUAUGGUAUAUACUCUUGACAUAUAUGAUUUCAUCGAAAAUCAUAUAAGUCGCAAUGUCCAUAAAGUUGAUGUUUUGUUGGCCGCGCCACCGUGUCAAGGAUAUACAAUGGCAAAUACUCGCGGCAACAUAAUUGACAUGACCAGUAAUAUGGUCUUGACUUUGACAGUUCCGUUGGUUGUCGAUAAACUCAAACCUAAAGUUUUAGUUUUUGAGAAUGUUCGAGGAUUCUUCAAUAAAAGUAAAAGCGAUGAAAUGUUUAAAAUGUUUAUUAACGAUAUACAAGAUAUAGGUUAUAAAAUAGAAACACGAAUAUUGAAAGCAACCAAUUUUGGAGUUUGUCAACGCCGGGAAAGAUUUUUUCUAAUAGCGGUGAAAAAGGGAAUACGUAUGCCAUCGUGGCCAGAACAAACACAUUUUAUAGAUGGAGAGUGCACAGAACAAGAACGAGCUAAUUACUUAAAAAAGGGAUUGCUACCAACGCCAACUGUUUCGAAGGCUUUUCGAGGCUUAACAAAUACAUCACCCAAUAUGGAGUAUUGUAAGAGAUCUCCAUAUCAUUUAAAACGGCUCACAUUGGAUUCCAUUCCUUCUACGGUGCUGUGCACAAUUAGUCCAGGAUGGGAUAAUAUCCAUCCCACAGAAUUUAGGCAUAUUUCAGUUAGAGAACAAGCAAGACUUCAGACAUUUCCAGAUGAUUAUAUUUUUCUUGGUGAUCUAAAUGCUCAAUAUCGUCAAGUAGGAAACGCUGUCCCUCCGUUAUUGGCGAAAGCCUUAAUGGAAGAAGUUAAGCUAUGCAUUUGA